AUGGCAGGCGACAUUUCAAAGAUAGAGGAAGCUUCUCAUUAACUUAAAGCAGCUAAUACUAUGAAUAAUAUCCAAAUUUAAUAGCCUCAAUACCAAUAAGAGUCAUAUCCAAUGAAUUGCAGUAUGCAAUUUGAUUAAUUCAAUAGGAGCCAAAUGCUGAAUGAAAAUCAAAUUUUAACUAAUUAAGAGCCCCCAAAUGUAUAAGACUUAAGAGUAUUAUUCGAAGACACAACAGAAGUGCUUAGUUAAUUCUAGGUCUUCAUGAUUGGCCUUCUUGUCGGUAGGUCUCAUGCUUAAAUCAAUAUUGAAUAGGCAACUAGGCUGCUCUUAGAUUUAAAUAAAGUUAGCGAUUCUGAUAAGAAAAGCCAAAUUGAAUAAGAAAUCCUUCUAGAUACAGGUUUUAUGGAUAUAGACGCCAUAAAUUAAUAAAUUGCCUAGACUUUAUCUGAAUAAAAUCAAACUCCAAAUUAAUUAGAGUACCAGUAACAAGAAAAGUUAAUUAAAAAAGAGUUAUCAUCUUUAGACCCAAAGAUAUAUGAGUACAUUGGAGGUGACUCUGAUUGCUUUUACAAAUAAGAAUAUGAUCGAUCAGAAUUCGCCAGAAAUCAUCUAGAGACUCUUUUGAUGCAAGAAAAAUAGCGAAUGAAUGAGGUGCAAUAGUAGUUCUAAUAACCUUAGAUUCUACCUGUAGUAUUCCCUCUACCAGAUUAAGUAUUGGAAUAGAAUUAGGCAUUUGUUUAACUAGAAGAGGAGAAAAAGUAGCAAAUUUCUGAUAUUGAAAUAGCAAAAAAGUUAGAGGAAGAAUUCAAAAAAGAAGCUGAGGCUUAUGAGAAUUAAGCUAGAUAAAAUUAAAACUAAGAACUCAAUUAAGAUGUAUGUUAGAUAUGCUACUUGCCUUAUGUGGAUUAAUCCUAUAAUAACAAACCUGAGUAUGAGUUAGUUUCCCUGAAGAAAUGCCAGCAUCUUUUCCAUCAAGAAUGUGUUGCACAAUAUCUCCAUUAAGUAAAGUUGACUAGUGAAAUUCCAAUAUUCCAAUGCCCCUAUUCCAAAUGCGAGUAAGAAAUCAUUAAGGAAGAUGUAGAAAAGUAUCUAAACAAGAUUCAGAACGACCCUAAUAUUUCAUUUGGAUGCUGCCCUACUGUAGGAUGUCCAUUCGUCAUUAAGAUACCUAAAGUAAACAGAAAUUAAGCUUGGAAUCCUAAAUUUGAAUGCCCAGUUUGUGAAGCCGUGUAUUGCCUCAAAUGUAAAAAAGAUUUUCAUUUUGGUAAAGAAUGCGAUUAAAUGAACAUUGGCAAUCCAUUUAAAGAUGUUAAUGUUCAAUAAAAGAAAUGCCCUAAAUGUAACUAUUGGGUUAAAAGACACAGCAAAUUUAUAUAGAUAAUGCACUGUAGAUGCGGAACUAGUUUUUGUUUCUAUUGUGGAAAUAAAAAAUGUAAAUGUGCUAAAUUAUUAAAGAAAAAUCCUAAUCAUUAUUAUGCAAUGGAUCAUGACUUAUAAGCUGUUGGGGUUUACAAUAACAACAGACUCAAUCCUAAUUUUGGAAACUUAGAGCAAAUGAGAGAAAACUUUAGGGGAUCUGUUUACAAAAAAGCCAAAAAAUGA